GGUCGCAUUUUGUGACUUAGUCUCGUUUAAUCAAAGAAUAACAUUGCAAGAAAAAAAGUGUGAAGAAAAUGAAAUUUUAGUGGAAAAAUCCAUAGAAGUGUUUUGAAAAUGAUAAAAUGAUAAAAACCAAAUGACUACAGUGUAAAAAUGGGUGCUAAAGAUUCAAAAUUGUCGUGCAUAAGUUAUGAGGAGGCUAUCAAGCGUGUAACACAAAGUGAAUUACGACGCAUUAAGGAAGCGUUCAAAAAAUCGUCCGGCUCGAAUGGAUCGUCGUUGAGCAAAGUCGCCUUCCUGCAGGAUGUUCUAUCCGAAGGGAUUCCGCCGGUGUUGGCUGAUUGGCUGUAUGUAGCCUGUGGCGGUACACAAAAGGGCAUUGCAUUCAAAGAACUGUUAUGUGGCUUAGUACUACUGACCAGGGGAACACCGGAUGAAAAAAUCAAAUUCCUGUGGAACGUUUACUGUAACGACUCCAACACUCACAUACUCAAACAUGAAUUCACCAAAGCCCUACAAAUCGAAUCCACCUAUCAACAUAUACAAUCGUCCGGGCUGCCUUCUUUAUCGCAUACAAGCAUUUUGAUAUCGUUGUUCGGUCAUUCCGAUCGCGUCACAUUCGAACAAUUCAAAUCGUGGAUCCUAAUUCAUGAAAAGGCGACCGUUUUAUCGAAAUGGUUACUGCUGGAGAAUGGUGUGAACUUAAGCAGCGAACUGGAAACGCCCACGUUUUUCCAGAGUCUGGCUGGUGUUACACAUCUGGAGGAGCAGGAUAUUGCCGAUUUGGAAAAAGUGUUCUGGUCGCUUAAAGGUUCCGCCAAGACCGGACAAUUGGAUUUAGAAUCGCUGGGACCGCUAAUAACGCCACCAGUGCCGCGGGCUGCGUUACCGGGCGUUUUUUUGGCGUUCGACGAGAAUCGUGACGGACACAUCGAUUUUAAAGAAUUGUGUUGCGGUGUUAGUGCGGCCUGUCGUGGACCUACCGUGGAACGAAGCAAAUUUUGCUUCAAAGUAUUUGAUAUGGACCGUGAUGGCGUUCUUAACUUCAACGAAAUCAAAGAUAUGAUUGACAUUUUGAUAUAUGUGGCGAAGGAAAGUAGCAAUUCAUCCAGUUUUAGGAACAUUACAGCUGAAAAUAUGUUAACAGAACUGUCUCAAAGGGUUAGCAAAGGGUCACCAACAAUUGAUGGAGUCACUGAGACCGCACAACAAAGUCCUUCGAGCAGUACAGAAGCCAUUCCAUUCAGUUUUACCCAAGAAGAUUUUUUAAUGUGGAGCGUUCAAAGUUCACUGAACUUGGUGCAACCGUUUCUCGAUUUAUUGUUUGAAGUGUGUCACAUUGUGCUGGGAUUGAGGCCUCAAUGUACACACUUAGAAUAUGACAUUGUCAAAGGAUGGUUAGCACGCGAAUCAAGCCGUGGCUACAAAAUCGGUCAAUUUUGGUAUUUAAUAUCAUCGGAAUGGUAUCAACAGUGGCAGCAUUACACACAAAAUGUUUCGUCGACUCCGUGCGCAUUUUGUAAAUCAGCUUAUACCAAUCAACGCAGCAUGAUCGGUACCGAUUACGGUGUGGUGUGUGAUGAGAGUUUUACUUCAAAUUCUACGGAAAGUACUGGUGAUUUGCUGGCAACUGCCGAUUCGUCUAGUCUUGGCUCCGGUAGCAGUGGUAUUUCGUUUGGUCGAAGCUCGAGUGGACGACCGAACUUCAUCGAUAAUUCGCAUUUAAUUGCACCGAAUCCGUACAAAAGUGUAAAAACUUUGACUGGAGAAGGUGGUCGCUUGAAGCGAGACAUAAUAUUAGCCGAGCAUCGGGAUUACGAAUUGGUUCCGGAAUCGCUGUGGAAAGCACUUUCACAAUGGUAUAGAGGCCCAUUACCAUUGCCUCGCCAAGUCAUUCAACCACCAAACUCACCAACUGUUGAACUCGAAUUGUAUCCUCUAAAUCUCCGAAUAUUGCGACAUCAAAAUCCGGCACCAGUUGCACAAACAGUGUCUACAUGGGGAGCGGUUGCCGGUGGAUAUGGUGCAAUGACAUCAGCCGGAACAUAUACAUCAACAUCGAGUGCAGUACCAUCGGCGUUAACGCCACCGAAAAGAUAUUUAGCUUAUACGGCUGCUUUCAGUCGCUUGGCAACGAUUAAACAAGUGGGAGACUUUUUGUGCCAGCAUCUUCAAUUGAAAACCGAAGACGUUCGAUUAUGGCAUUUGUAUAAUGCGGCUGAGAUUCCGUGCUUGCUGGAAGAGGAAAAUUUAACGCUACAAGAAUUGGAAAUCAACGACAACGAUCAAAUUCUGUUGGAAAUUCGAAAUAAGGACUUGACAUGGCCGGAAGAGUUGGGUUCACUGUCACUGUCGCAACCAAGCGGAAUCGGUGGACUUGAUCGUAGAGCUACAUUAGCGUCAAUACAGUCGGUGCAUGCGCCUGGUGCUACCGGCUUACAUAACUUAGGCAACACGUGUUUUAUGAACUCAGCUUUACAAGUCCUAUUCAACACGCAACCGUUAACUCAGUAUUUUAAUCAAAACAUGCACCUGUAUGAACUAAACACAACCAACAAACUUGGAACGAAAGGUCAAUUGGCAAUGCGCUAUUCGGAACUUUUAAAAGAAGUUUGGACAUCAUCGACACGAUCUGUAGCUCCAUUGAAACUACGCUUUUGUAUGACCAAAUAUGCACCACAAUUUGCCGGUGGUGGACAACAUGAUUCUCAGGAAUUACUGGAGUGGUUACUGGACGGUUUACACGAAGAUCUAAACCGUGUGACGGAGAAACCCUAUUCGGAAUUGAAGGAUUCCGAUGGUCGGGCCGAUAGUAUUGUAGCGCAUGAAGCAUGGGCUCAGCAUCAUGCACGAAAUCAGAGUAUUGUUAUCGAUUUGUUCUAUGGCCAGUUGAAAUCGAAAGUGAGUUGUUUGUGCUGUGGACGAGAUUCCGUUCGUUUCGAUCCGUUUAGUUUGUUGAGUUUACCGUUGCCGGUGGAAAAUUAUACUUAUUGUGAGGUGUUGGUUAUAUUAUUGAAUGGUCAAGUGCCAGUAAAAUAUGGUCUGCGUUUGAAUUCGGAGUCCAGAUACAUUGACUUCAAGAAGGAACUAUCGAAACUGUGCAAUCUGGAUGCGUCUCUGAUGUUGGUGUGUGAAUUGUCGAGUUCUCAGAUCCGAUGCGUUUUGCCCGAUGAACAAAAAUUGAAAAUGUCUACAGCAACCGAGCUGUUUGUGUACGAAAUACCAAAGAGUGACUUUUUCCGCCAACGGAACAGUACCGAAAUUGGAAUCAGCAUUGAAAAUGGGCUGAAGGACAUUCAACGGAAUAAAGCACUGCUCAUGUCAUCAGACCAGCAUCAAAUGACAUCCACAUCGCUGUCGUCAACAGUAUCGUCGGACGAGGCGCACGGCCAAGAAACACCGCUAACGAAACCGAUGUCGUCCACUGCCAACGUCAAGCCCGUAUCCGAUUCAGAAACAUCGAAGGUAAGCCGGUGCUUUGGAAACACCAUCUGCAUGCCCCAGAAUUUGUUGUGCUUCAAGCAAACCAGCGAAUUGAGUACGAGCCCGGAAAACACCUUUACGCAUCAGAUCCAUCGAAAAGAAGGCUCAUCGGUAACAUUGCUUAGCAUGAAAGGAACAACCAAUAACAAUAGUCUAGACGAACCAAAUGAGUAUCCGAUUAAAUCAUCCGCAAAGCCCGUUGAAAGUGUCAUUGCAUCAAUGAAAUACAACAAUUAUGGUAAUACGGAUGCUGUCACAGCCACCACCGAAUCGUGCUAUUGUGGCAGUGAACGAAUUAACGAUUUACAUUUAAGUAACCAACAACUGAACGGCCCAGCAACAGUUUACGAUAAUGGUGGUAAUAGUAGUGUAUGUGAUAGUAUUGAACAUUCAGUUCCAUUAAGUGAUAAGUGCAAUGGUAAAAGUGCAAUUACAAGUUGUUAUCGUGAUGGUCGUCGAACGGCUGGAAAUUAUCUGAUUGCCGUGCAUCGUAAAAUGAGUCGACAGGAUACAUACUUUUUGUCGUAUCACAAAUCACGGCCGAGUUUAUUCGGUGUGCCUUUGUUGAUUCCGUGCUACGAAGGUGGGACGAAUAAGGAUUUAUAUUGUACGGUUUGGAUGCAGGUCGCUAGACUGUUAAGUCCAUUACCUCCGGCAUCAGAUCAGUCCAACCAUGCGACGGAUUGUGACGACAGUCUUGGCUACGAAUUUCCAUUCACGUUACGGGCAGUCGGCGAAAGUGGCCGCGUGUGUGCUUUAUGUCCAUGGUCACGAUUUUGUCGCGGCUGCCUUAUACCAUGCAACGAUGAGCCAUUACUCAAAGGAUAUUUAUCGUCGGCGGAAUCCAGCAACUCAUCCACUCCACAACUAUCGACUCGUGAUACAUUCCCAGCCAUGCAUCGUCAAAAUUCGGAUAUAUCGUUCGGCGAAUCGCCGAAUACUAGUGCCAUACACAUAGCGAUUGACUGGGACCCAACGGCCUUACAUUUGCGAUAUCAAAGUACACGUGAGAGGUUCCACACCGAACAUGAAAGCGUAGCUACGUGCCGUCGACAACAGACAGAGCCAGUUGAUUUAGACCAUUGUCUGCGCUCGUUUACAUCUGAGGAGAAAUUAGAGGAAUGGUAUCACUGUGCCCAUUGUAAAGGGAAGAAGCCAGCAACUAAAAAGUUACAAAUUUGGAAACUGCCACCGAUUUUGAUCGUUCACUUGAAGCGCUUCAAUUACGUCAACAACAAAUGGGUGAAAUCUCAGAAGGUGGUCAAUUUUCCUUUCAAAAAUUUCGAUCCAACGCCAUAUCUCGCUUCGGUUCCGCAAGAGACCAUUCUCCGGCACAAAGAACUAUCCGAACAGCAUGGUACCGCCAAUGCGACCGAUAAAAAAUGUAAAAUGGAAAUCGACGACGAAAUCGGUGAAUUCGAUCGAGAGAAUUUCAUUGGCAGCAUUGAUGAAAAUGAGGUGGCCGAAGAAGCAAUGGCAUUGGACGAAGUGGACGGCAAAGAUGAUGAACAAAUCGAAUCUAGUCCAGCGAAUGGUGUGAGCAAAAUGUCGGUACGCCAUUCGAUGAAUAAUGCAACAAAACGGCAGUCGACUCGAUCGACUGUCGGACGCCAGCGAUUGGUGUCGUCUAGUUUAACACAAACGCCGGUUAUCGACGGACACCUGGUUGAUUAUCAUAAUCAUAAAUUGGAAGAUGGACAAGAUCCAUACGAUCUGAAAUAUCAGCUGUACGCUGUGGUCUCACAUUCCGGUAUGCUAAAUGGCGGACACUACAUUUCUUAUGCGUCAAAUCCGAACAAUUCUUGGUAUUGUUACAACGACAGCUCGUGUCGAGAGAUUCCAUGUCAGCCGAACAUUGACCCGGGAUCCGCUUAUCUGCUAUUCUACGAACGGCAAGGACUCAACUAUUCGCCGUAUUUGCCGAAAGUCGACGACAAGCCAUUGCCGAAUGGCAACGUGGUCGAUUCGGAGGAGAGUGAUAAUGAAUUGAAGAAGCUGUGCGUCAUUUCAUGAUUUUAUUUCAACUGGAAUUGUUGGCAAAGCUGGAAUGGUUAUAGGAUC